CUUAAUUGCGGUCAAUACAUUUUGGUCUAUGUGUUGCUUAAUUAUGAUGCAAUAUUUGCAAUUAGUUAUACACCUUUGUUUUGUAUGUUUCCACAAAAACACCUUUGUCUUUCCUGUUUUGUAAUAGCCUAGUUAAUGAGCUUUAAUUUUUUGUUGUCUGCUUCUAGAUGAGGAAAAUUUAGUAAUUAUUUUAUUUUAUUUUUUGUUUUUUUUCUAUAUGCCUAAGAAUUUUAUCAAUUAAGAAUAUAUAAUAAAUUAAUAAAAUGCAUACCCUUCUCCUCAUAAUUAAUCAUCACUGAAAGGCAUAUUCCCAUAUACCUUCGAUUUUAGUUUCUUGACAGGACUUUGUAAACUUAGCAUUUAGAAAAACAUAAAAGAUAAAGGCUUUUCGUGGGGUAAAAAAAAAAAAAAAAAAAAAGCAGAGUGUUAAUUCGACACUGGCAAAGUGUGGUACUCGUGAACUCAAAAUGUACAGUACUCUAUAGUUCUCCUACAGAGGAAGGGGUGAUGGGGUGUUUUCAGAGUGUAGCCUACAUAUAACACAGGUGGUUUUUACUGGCUUUUUUGAGUGGUCGACUAAUAAUCGCACCCAGUAGCUUCAUGCAGUUUCCACUAUUGGCUGAUUGCAGACGCGUUUCUCUGUCCUGUAUUUCCUCGUUUCAUUUUAUUAUGUGUUAAUAUUUGUUGUCAGUAUUGUUGGAUUUUGUAAAUGUUACUAAUGUCUGUUUCUUACGUGUUCCGUGAUGUCCACAUGGUGUCACUCUCAGCCUGUCCUUAGCUUCUUUUUCUCUGUUUGACGAGUCUCCUCUUCGUCGGGAGGAAGGGCGUACAGGCUCGCGUUCGGCUAUUGUUUGCGAGACAUAAUAACAGCUUGUUUUUUCGGCUGUUGGACGUUGGAUUAGAUCACACAGCCAUACACUCGGAUUUUAAUGUUGUCUGGUAAAGGUACUGAUAGUAGGACAUGGCUGAAAUUGUCGAGCACGGAUAUUUAUUGUGGAUAAUUUUCUUUUGGCUUUGUUUCAACAUUGCGAAUGGGCAGAUUACAUAUUCCGUGAUGGAGGAAAGUAGUCCGGGGACUACAGUUGGGAAUAUAGGAAAAGACUUGAAUCUCAGUGGGCAAGACUUGGAGCACCGUGGGUUUCAGAUUAUUUCCGGACCGAAUGCAAGGUAUUUUGAUUUAAAUGUGAAGACUGGAGUCCUCCAUGUUAAAGAAAGAAUAGACCGCGAGGAGCUCUGCGGACGCAGUACGAAAUGCACUUUUGAACUGGAGGCUGUUAUUAAUUCACCUUUAAACAUGUAUCGGUUUGAGGUUAAUGUAUUAGACGCAAACGAUCACGCACCUACAUUUCGCUCAUCAAAAACAGAACUUAAUAUUUCUGAAUCGGCUUCGCUUGGUGACAGGUUUACUUUACAGCGUGCAUUUGAUGCAGAUGUGGGCAGUAACUCGAUAAAAAACUACAAGCUUAGCCAGAAUGAGCACUUUGCUAUUGAUGUACACAGCGGGGAGCAAAGUGUUUCUUCUGAAUUAGUACUUCAAAAAGCUUUAGAUAGAGAAAAACAGCCUGUGAUCCAGCUUAUACUGACUGCUGUAGACGGAGGAAAACCUCCCAGAUUUGGUACAUUAAAUCUAAAAGUAAAUGUCCUUGAUGUGAAUGAUAACACUCCCGUUUGUGGAAAAUCGCUUUACAAAGCUCAAAUACCGGAAGAUUCACCAUUCGGUACAUCUGUUAUUACAGUCAGCGCAAAUGAUGCAGAUGACGGGCUGAAUGGAGAAAUCGUGUAUUCAUUCGUAAAUCAUGACAGUGACAGAAUUAUUGAUUCAUUCGCCAUCAAUUCUGAUAGCGGUGAAAUAUCAGUGAAGGGGCAGCUGGAUCACGAGCAAAAUAGUGCAGUUGAGAUUCGAGUCCAGGCAAGAGACAAAGGAACAAAUCCGAGGUCAGCGUUUUGUAAAAUACUAGUUGAAAUACUCGAUGUCAAUGACAAUGCUCCGGAAAUAUCUGUAACGUCACUAGUUAAUGUUCUUAAAGAAGAUUCACCAGAUGGGACAAUGGUCGGAUUAAUAACAGUAAAAGAUAAGGAUUCCGGUAAAAACGGUGCCACGUCUUUAAAUUUACAAGGCUUUCUACCGUUUGCGCUGCAGAACACAUAUAAAAAUAGAUAUUCAUUAACCGUGAAAGGACAUUUAGACAGAGAGAGUGUUUCAGAAUAUAACAUAACUCUCACAGCUAUUGAUGAAGGGACUCCACCUCUCUCCAGCAUCACUGUCAUUACUGUACACAUUUCUGAUGUGAAUGAUAACGCACCACGUUUUUCAGACGCAGUCAUUAAUGUGUAUGUAAAAGAGAACAAUCAAAUUGGAUCUGUUAUUUAUACAGUAUCUGCUUUUGAUCCUGAUGUUGGUGAUAAUGCUAGAAUAUCAUAUUCAUUACAAGAAAACUCUAAAAUCGGUUAUGCUACAUCCAUGGUAAACAUAAACUCUGACAGUGGAGAUAUUCACAGUUUGCAGUCGUUUAAUUAUGAAGUAUUAAAAACAUUUCAGUUUAAAGUUCAGGCCACAGACUCUGGUGUUCCUCCACUGAGCAAUAAUGUGACUGUGAAUGUUUUUAUCCUGGAUGAGAAUGACAACAAUCCCAUGAUUCUCGCUCCAUAUUCUGAUCAUGGAUCUGUUCACACUGAGAACAUUCCCUAUUCUGCUGAAGCGGGCUACUUUGUGGCCAAGAUCAGAGCUGUAGAUUCCGAUUCUGGAUAUAAUGCACUGCUUUCUUAUCACAUCUCUGAACCCAGAGGAAACAACCUCUUCCGGAUUGGAACCAGCAGUGGAGAGAUCAGGACUAAGAGGAGAAUGAGUGACAAUGACCUGAAAACUCACCCUCUGGUCAUUUUGGUUUCUGAUAACGGAGAGCCCUCUCUGUCAGCCACUGUGUCUAUUGACAUUGUAGUUGUUGAGAACACAGGUGACAUAAAGACUCAGUUUAAACAUGCACCGAUAAAGGAGGACAGUUUAUCGGAUUUAAACAUGUAUUUGCUGAUCGCCAUUGUGUCAGUUUCACUGAUAUUUUUACUGAGUCUGAUAAGUUUAAUAGCUGUAAAAUGCUGCAGGACAGACAGCAGUUUCAGCAGAUACAGCGCCCCAGUGAUCACAACACAUCCUGAUGGAAGCUGGUCUUACUCCAAAUCUACACAGCAGUAUGACGUAUGUUUUAGCUCGGAUACACUGAAGAGUGACGUAGUGGUUUUUCCUGCACCAUUUCCUCCUGCAGAUGCUGAAUUGAUUAGUAUAAAUGAAGGAGACACUUUAAACAAAAUACAAACACUCCCCAAUAAAGAGAAGGUAAGAUCUGUAACAAUAAAUCGGUUGUUGUGUAUUUUUCUUAUUGUAUUAAUGGCUAAAACAUUACAUAAUAAUUCCCCUUCACUUCUCUUAAAUUCAGUUUGCAGGACUAAUGCUGUCUGUCUUGCUGUCCAUGGUUCUGAAAAGCAUGAUCUCAAGUUCUGUAUACUUGUUCUGAAACUUUUCUUGUCUUCUUUAGUUGGUAUGACCUAUACAAUCUUAAAGUGUUAUACUUUAAGAAAUAUUAUUUUAUGUAGUUUACAAAAAGGAUGGAUAUUAUUAAUUGAGGAUCAUUUCUAAACUUACCAUAGUUAUUUGACUGCAAAGAUUAU